AUGAGGAGAAGAGACGUUGCCUUCUGUCUCCUGCUUUUGCCAGCUUUUAUGACUCAAGCAGUGUCUGGACAAAGAAAGAAAGGACCAAAGCCAAACACACUUACAAGGAAAAAUGACUUCCAGGACGCCAUUUGCUUCAUAGAUGUUGUCUUUAUCCUGGACAGCUCUGAAAGUUCUAAAAUUGUACUCUUUGAUAAUCAGAAAGCCUUUGUGGACAGCUUGAGUGAAAAGCUGUUCCAGUUGACUCCUGGUCGUUCAUUAAAAUACAGCAUCAAGUUGGCAGCCCUUCAGUUUAGCAGCUCGGUCCAGAUUGAUCCACCCUUGUCUUCUUGGAAGGAUCUCCAGACAUUUAAGCAGCGGGUCAAGUCUUUGAACUUAAUUGGGCAAGGCACCUUUUCUUAUUAUGCCAUCUCCAAUGCCACAAGGCUACUGAAAAGAGAAGGGCGUAAAGAUGGCGUGAAAGUGGCCUUGCUGAUGACUGAUGGCAUCGAUCAUCCCAAGAGUCCAGAUGUCCAAAGUAUUUCUGAAGAUGCUAGAACUUCAGGAAUAUCGUUUAUCACUGUUGGACUUUCCUCUGUGGUUAAUGAAGCCAAACUUCGUUUGAUAUCUGGGGAUUCUUCCAAUGAACCCGUUCUACUAUUGAGCGAUUCAACACUUGUAGACAAAAUUCGGGAACGCCUGGAUGUCUUAUUUGAGAGGAAGUGUGAACACAAGAUCUGUGAAUGUGAGAAAGGCGACCCAGGCGACCCAGGGCCUCCUGGUGAUGCUCAGAAAGGAGAAACUGGAGAAAGAGGUCCUGUGGGAAUCCCUGGGUACAAGGGUGACAAGGGUGAACGAGGAGAAUGUGGGAAACCAGGAAUGAAAGGUGACAAAGGACCCGCAGGGCCAUAUGGACCAAAGGGACCAAGAGGAAUUCAGGGCAUUGGUGGACCUCCAGGGGAUCCAGGUCCAAAGGGAUUUCAAGGAAAUAAGGGUGAGCCAGGUCCUCCUGGUCCUUAUGGUCCCCCAGGAGCUCCUGGUAUUGGACUGCAAGGUGUUAAGGGUGAAAGGGGCCAGGAAGGAAGAACAGGCGCUCCAGGACCUAUAGGAAUUGGUGAACCCGGACAGCCAGGUCCCCGUGGUCCCGAGGGAGCACCAGGAGAGAGGGGCCUACCAGGAGAAGGAUUUCCAGGACCAAAGGGUGAAAAGGGUUCUGAAGGACCAAUUGGCCCACAAGGAUUACAAGGCCUGUCAAUCAAAGGGGAUAAGGGGGAUCUGGGACCUGUGGGACCCCAGGGACCAGCAGGUAUUCCUGGCAUCGGAAGUCAAGGUGAACAGGGAAUCCAGGGUCCAACUGGUCUACCUGGUCCACAAGGACCCCCAGGACAAGGCUCACCUGGUCCUAAGGGAGAAGUAGGCCAGAUGGGACCCACAGGGCCUAGAGGACCAAUGGGAAUUGGAGUACAGGGUCCAAAGGGGGAGCCAGGCACAGUGGGGCUCCCAGGACAGCCUGGAGUCCCCGGGGAAGAUGGAGCCUCUGGAAAGAAGGGUGAAGCUGGACUUCCAGGAACAAGAGGCCCAGAAGGAAUGCCUGGGAAAGGACAGCCUGGUCCCAAGGGUGAUGAAGGAAAGAAGGGGAGCAAAGGAAUCCAAGGACAGAGGGGGUCUCCAGGACCCGAAGGGCCGAAGGGAGAACCAGGCAUUAUGGGCCCCUUCGGAAUGCCUGGACCAUCAAUUCCUGGACCCUCUGGACCAAAGGGAGACCGAGGAGGACCUGGAAUGCCUGGUCUGAAAGGAGAACCUGGACUUUCUGUUCGAGGACCAAAGGGUGCCCAGGGUCCUCGGGGACCAGUGGGUGCUCCAGGACUCAAAGGUGAUGGCUAUCCUGGUGUGGCUGGACCUCGAGGACUGCCAGGACCCCCUGGACCAAUGGGCUUACGUGGUGUGGGAGACACUGGAGCGAAGGGAGAACCAGGGGUCAGAGGCCCUCCAGGCCCCUCUGGGCCUCGGGGCAUAGGAAUCCAAGGACCAAAGGGUGAUACUGGGCAAAAGGGCCUGCCAGGCCCUCCUGGGCCCCCUGGCUAUGGAUCACAAGGAAUUAAAGGGGAACAAGGACCUCAAGGGUUUCCAGGGACCAAGGGCACAGUGGGACUUGGCCUGCCCGGUCAGAAGGGAGAACACGGAGAACGGGGCGAUGUGGGGAGGAAAGGCGAAAAGGGAGAAAUCGGAGAGCCUGGAUCACCAGGGAAACAGGGGUUACAAGGACCAAAAGGAGACCUGGGACUUACAAAAGAAGAAAUUAUCAAACUUAUCAUUGAAAUAUGUGGUUGUGGGCCCAAAUGCAAAGAGACUCCACUGGAGUUGGUGUUUGUGAUAGACAGUUCAGAAAGUGUGGGACCAGAGAACUUUCAAAUCAUCCAAAAUUUUGUGAAGACUCUGGCUGACCGGGUAGCCUUGGACCUUGGCACAGCCCGGAUAGGCAUAAUCAACUAUAGCCACAAAGUAGAGAAGGUGGCUAGCCUGAAGCAGUUCUCCAGCAAGGACGACUUCAAGCUGGUGGUUGACAAUAUGCAGUAUCUGGGGGAAGGCACCUAUACAGCUACUGCCCUUCAAGCAGCCAAUGACAUGUUCAAAGAGGCAAGGCCAGGUAUAAAGAAGGUGGCCUUGGUGAUCACAGAUGGACAGACAGAUUCCCGAGAUAAAAAGAAGCUGGCAGAUGUGGUGAAGGAUGCCAGUGACUCCAAUGUGGAAAUAUUUGUGAUUGGGGUGGUGAAGAAGGAUGACCCCAACUUUGAAAUUUUUCACAAAGAAAUGAAUCUCAUUGCUACUGACGCAGAACAUGUAUAUCAGUUUGACGACUUCUUUACCCUUCAAGAUACUCUGAAACAAAAAUUAUCUAAAAAAAUUUGUGAAGAUUUUGAUUCCUAUCUCAUUCAAGUUUUUGGAUCAUCAUCUUUUCAACCUGAAUUUGGGGGGUCAGAACGAGAGGACAGCAUAUCCACUCCAAAGCCUGCAAAAGAAAUUUCUAAGUUGUUUAAUGUCUCUAGAGGCCAAAAUGAAGAGACUGAGCCUUUGGUGUUGAGUGAGGCUGAUACCUUGGCUGUCCCAACCCCACCUGAGGCCACCAAUACACCUGAGCCAUUGCUCAUAACCCCCACCUGUGUUUUCUCCCUAGAUCCAAGAUGCGAGGAAGCCCUGAAGCCCGGAAACUGUGGUGACUAUGUGGUUCGCUGGUAUUACGACAAACAGGUCAACUCUUGUGCUCGCUUUUGGUUCAGUGGCUGCAAUGGCUCAGGAAACAGAUUCCACAGUGAAAAGGAAUGUCGAGAAACCUGCGUUAUACAAUGAACAAGCACACUAACGGGCUUCAAUCAGAGGUUUAGAAAGAGACUGAUACAAACAGUGCACCUCAUCUGGGCAUACACUAAGUAGUGAUGGUUCAUAAAUGUCAUAGAGCCCUCACAACGACCACCUAGGGAUACAGACUUAUUAGCUGCCCACACAGCUGAAGGGUGGAAGGACUAGGGAUCUGGACUCAGCUGUGUAACACAGGCUUUAUCUGCUUCACAACCUGUGGUGUGGCCCUGAUUCCUCAUCAUUCUGGUAUACAUACGAUGACAGGUCACACCCCACACUCCCUGUGCCCACACUGUUACAGCACCUUCACAGCCCAUCAGUGAAGAAUGGUUUGUGAGGGGAAGGACUUUGGUUUGAACAUUGGAAGAAUAUCUACGUGUGAGUGCUGGGAUAGUGGUGAAGGAUGUUAAGGGGGAAGUUUAGCCCAAAGUGAUAGGAGAGAGAAAUACACCUGAAGUAAACUCACUAACUGUAUGAUAAACGGACUCUUCCAAUUCCUCGUUGGUGUCAAAGCCUUCACUGUACACUUAAGCUAUAUAUUAAAAUGAAGCAAGUCUUACACUUUUUCUUUGAAAGUAGGUGAAUAAGAUUGGAUUUUAUGGUGAAGGAGUGAGGAUUCAGACCAUCAUUUUAUAAUAAUUUUGUUAUACCAAGUGUAGGAAGACAGAGCGUUCUGAGCUGAGAUAGUAUUUUAACAUAUCAUCUACAAAAUACUUUCUCCUUCUCAGCCUGCUGCUCUCAUUCAAGUUGGACUCCAAAAAAUCUCCAGUCUAAGGGAAUGGAAGAAUAGCCAUCCCAGAAAAAAUAACAAUGCAGGGGGUUCCACAGCAUAAUUAAAAUUUUACUAUGUAACAUUUUUAUUAAAAAACACAUGCAACUUGUCAGUUUUAAAACAGGAUGAGACAAACAGGAAACACAUAACCUGGACUGGACCAAAGUGCUGACUCUAUGGAAGUUACGGUAUGCCCUUCCCCCAUCAUAUUUCUAUGACAGAGAAAUCCUACUCCAGAUUUUGUGUUGCUAUUGGCUUUUCUAUGUAAUUUUACAUGUAAGACCAUACAUAUCUCUAUGGAUACCUAAAUAAGAUAUAGUUGGUCUUGCAUAACUUAUAGAUUUGUAAGAAUGUUACUGUUUGUAUUCUAGUCUUCUAUCCCUUAAUGUUUUCAUUUGGCUUCAUAAUUAGCCCAUGAUUUACAAUAUAUAAAUAUAUGCACAAGUAAUUUAUUACUUAGAUGUUGGAAUCCUAGAAGAAUUAUGCUAUAAUAUGUACUUCUCUAUGAUUUUCUA